GUGUUUCCCCACCCGAGAUGUGGUCACGUGAUCUGUCAACUUUCACCCAGGAUGUCUCCCUGCUGACUUCCCCUUAGCAACCAAGUCGCGGCGCUUGGUUCCCCAGCAACCGGGAGACGCGUCAGCUGCGUGGAACCAGUCGCGUUCCCAGCGCUUGGGAAGGAAAAUUCUGGAUCUGUUCUCUGCGACGAGGCUACUCCGUUGACAGUUGUGUAAAACUCUGCUGCUUUCCGCAGCUCCAACCUCUCUGGUCUUCAACAACACUAUCAUCAGGGAAAACGUGGGAGAAGAUGAACCGGCUGUGUGACUCGAUGGAGCCGAGGGUGAUGGACGAUGACAUGCUCAAGCUGGCUGUCGGGGAGCAGGGCCCCCAGGAGGAGGCCGGGCAGCUGGCCAAGCAGGAGGGCAUCCUCUUCAAGGAUGUCCUGUCCCUGCAGCUGGACUUUCAGAACAUCCUCCGCAUAGACAACCUCUGGCAGUUUGAGAACUUGAGGAAGCUGCAGCUGGACAAUAACAUCAUUGAGAAGAUCGAGGGACUGGAGAACCUCACACACCUGGUCUGGCUGGAUCUGUCCUUCAAUAACAUUGAGACCAUUGAAGGGCUGGAUACACUGGUGAACCUGGAGGACCUGAGCUUGUUCAACAACCGGAUCUCUAAGAUCGACUCCCUGGACGCCCUCGUCAAGCUGCAGGUGUUGUCGCUGGGCAACAACCAGAUUGACAACAUGAUGAACAUCAUCUACCUCCGGCGGUUCAAGUGCCUGCGGACGCUCAGCCUCUCUGGGAACCCUAUCUCUGAGGCAGAGGAUUACAAGAUGUUCAUCUGUGCCUACCUUCCUGACCUUGUGUACCUGGACUUCCGGCGCAUUGAUGACCACACAAAAGAGCUUGCAGAGGCUAAGCACCAGUACAGCAUCGAUGAGCUGAAGCACCAGGAGAACCUGAUGCAGGUCCGGCUGGAGGACGAGCAGGCGCGGCAGGAGGAGCUGGAGAAGCACAAGACUGCGUUUGUGGAACACCUGAAUGGCUCCUUCCUGUUUGACAGCAUGUAUGCUGAGGACUCAGAGGGCAACAAGCUGUCCUACCUGCCUGGUGUCAGUGAGCUCCUUGAGGCCUACAAGGACAAGUUUGUCAUCAUCUGCGUGAACAUUUUUGAGUAUGGCCUGAAACAGCAGGAGAAGCGGAAGAUAGAGCUUGACACCUUCAGUGAAUGUGUCCACGAGGCUAUCCAGGAAAACCAGGAGCAGGGCAAACGCAAGAUUGCCCAGUUCGAGGAGAAGCACUUGUCGAGUUUAAGUGCCAUCCGAGAGGAGUCGGAACUGCCCAACGUUGAGAAGAAGAUCCUGGAAUGCAGUGCUGACAUCAGUGAGUUGUUCAAUGAGCUCAUGAUGCUGGAGAUGCAGCUGGUGGAGCAGCUGGAGGAGACUAUAAACAUGUUUGAAAGGAACAUUGUUGACAUGGUGGGACUGUUUAUCGAAAAUGUUCAAAGCCUGAUGGCCCAGUGCCGGGACCUGGAGAACCACCACCACGAGAAGCUCCUGGAGAUCUCUCUCAGCACCCUGGAGAAGAUUGUCAUGGGCGACCUGGACGAGGACCUGCCUGACGACCUGCGCGCGCUUUUUGUCAAUAAAGAUACGAUUGUUAAUGCUGUCGGGGCAUCGCACGACAUCCACCUCCUGAAGAUUGACAAUCGAGAAGGUGAGCUGGUGACCAGAAUCAAUUCCUGGUGUACACGUUUAGUAGACAAGAUUCACAAGGAUGAGAUCAUGAGGAACCGCAAGCGCGUGAAGGAGAUCAAUCAGUACAUCGACCACAUGCAGAGUGAACUGGACAACCUGGAAUAUGGCGACAUCCUAGACUAGAUGAGUGUCAGCCACAGGAGCUUCUUCAAAACAUAGCACCAGCCCCAACCAAGAGAAGGAAGUGCACAUGCCUCACCGAGCACCUCGGGAGAGUUGCUGGGCAUCUCUCCACUACGAUCCCCCACACCAUUCUUGCCCCACCCCUGGAAAAACUUCCAAAAGUAGAGAAAAUAAAGGACUCACGUCACAUUUCCCCUAUUCAU